GCGCCGCUAGUGGCGCAUGCGCUGGGGGCAGCUGCCACGAGCGCGCCGCCGCCCGGGUCCCGGCUAUCGGUGCCCAGCAUGGACGAGAUUUCCGUCCAGGCGAGCAUGAACAAGUCCAGCGCGAUUGUCGUUUCACAGCUCCAGAAGCUCAGCAUGGAGUCGAUCACCAGCGCCUUCUGCGAGAAGCCGGAGCGGCCCGCAGGGGAGCAGCGGCCCAGGGACAAGGCCUCGAAGGGGCAGGAGGAGCCCGCGGCGUUCGACCCCGCCGAGCUGCUGAAGAGACUG